GGGCUGAGGGGCCCAGGCAGAGCCUGGAGUAAUGCUGGGCCUUAGAGGGGGCCCUGGGUGGGAAAGGAGGGAGGACAGGGGUCCCCCAGCAUGGCCCAGGGGUCCCCCAGCCCCCCUGCCUGUCCUGCCAGGCAAGAGCCUGCCCAGGGCCUGGGACAGCACUGGGGAAACUGGUGGGUGAGGGAGCCCCCGGUGCUUUCCCUGCUGCCUCCUGAACUGCACCCAACGAAAGAAGCCGCCUCUGAGUUCAUGCAUAAAAGAUCAAUGGAAAUGGUGUCGCCCGCUGAAGAUCAAUCUGCCAGCAGAAGGUGUGGAGCUGUGCAUGGAGAAGGCUAAAGCCGGAGUGCCCCGAGGAGCAGGAGGCAGCAGCCGGCCCCGUCUCCUGCCGGGAGUGUCCUUCACCCCAGAGCAAACCGUGACAUGUGGAAGGUCUGAGCCCUCCCACCUUUGCCGGGACGCCAUGGACACCGAAGCCGUGCAGCCCCAGGAGGCUUCGCUGACGGUCAAUGAGCAGGUUAUUGUCAUGUCCAGCCACGAAACCAUCCGAGUGCUGGAGGUCGGCGUGGAUGCCCCGCUCCCGGCCGAGGAGGACCGGAAAGCUUUGGAGAUGGCACCGGGGGAGGUAGCGCGGGGCUCCCCGGGAGAGACCGGCCCCCCGGGCAGAGAGGACGUCCCAGCCAGCACCCCGAGCAGCGGGGAGGCGGCCGGCAAAGCCAAACCGGCGGCCGGAGCGUCCCCCAGCACCGUCCCCUCCGUCGGCACCUUCAGCCACGCCACGAGCCAGCAGCCGCAGACGUUGGCCCCGCUGGCCGUGCAAGCCACCCCGCAGGUCUUGACUCAGGAAAACUUAGCAACAGUUGUGACAGGAGUAAUGGUUCCAGCAGGGACAGUUACUCAACCUCUUCUUAUCCCCAUCAGUAUUGCAGGUCAAGUGGCAGGUCAGCAGGGGCUGGCUGUGUGGACAUUUCCUACAGCAACGGUCGCUGCCCUUCCCGGAUUGACGGCUGCUUCUCCUACAGGGGGAAUUUUCAAACCACCCAUAGCCAAUUUGCAAGCCGCCGCCGUACUGAACACAGCCAUCCAAGCGCCGGUGCAGCCUGCCCAGCCGCUGCAGGCUGCGGUCCAGCCCCGGCCCCCCCUCCAGCCCCCCGGCGUCUUCCCUGCCGCGCCCAGCCAGCCCCCCAUCCUGCCACAGCCCACCGCAGCGCCCACGCCGCCCGUGGCCAAGCCGUUAGAGACGCAGACCCAGAUCACCGUCCAACCUGCCGGAUUUGCCUUUAACCCUGGCAUAAUCAGCGCGGCUUCUCUCGGGGGCCAAACCCAGCUCCUCGGCUCUUUGGCAGCCGCCCCCGUGAUCGCAAACACCAUCUCCAGCGUUCAGGGCAUCACGGGCCAGAUCCUGACCAACGCCCAGGGCCAGGUGAUCGGGACGCUGCCGUGGGUGGUGAACCCCCCCGGGAUGGCGGCGGCCGGCCCUGCCCCGGCCGCUUUGCCGGCCCAAAACCUGCAGGUACAGGCGGUGACGCCCCAGCUGCUGCUCAAUGCCCAGGGCCAGGUCAUCGCCACGCUGGCCGGCGGCACCAUCCAGGCGGCCACCAUCAAGAAAACCGGCACCCCCGAGCCCCCUGCCAAGACCGAGGUCCAGCCCAUCCAGCCGGCCCCGGCUCUGUCCCAGCCGGCCGUGGUGAUGGCAAACCCUGCCCCGGCGGCCAAGGCUUCCUCCGUGCCCGUCCCCAUCACCUGCUCGGAGACCCCCACCGUCAGCCAGCUGGUCUCCAAACCCCCGGCUCCCAACAGCAGCGCCGAGGAGGACGGGAUUAACCUGGAGGAGAUCCGGGAAUUCGCCAAGAACUUCAAGAUCCGACGUUUGUCCCUCGGCCUGACGCAGACGCAGGUGGGACAGGCCCUGACGGCCACCGAGGGACCUGCCUACAGCCAGUCGGCCAUCUGCAGGUUCGAGAAGCUGGACAUCACCCCCAAGAGCGCCCAGAAGCUGAAACCGGUGCUGGAGAAGUGGUUGAGCGAAGCCGAGCUCCGUAACCAAGAGGGGCAACAAAACCUGAUGGAAUUCGUUGGGGGGGAACCCUCUAAGAAACGGAAGCGCCGCACCUCCUUCACCCCCCAAGCCAUCGAGGCUCUCAACGCCUACUUCGAGAAGAACGCCUUGCCCACCGGCCAGGAGAUCACCGAGAUCGCCAAGGAGCUCAACUACGACCGCGAAGUCGUCCGCGUCUGGUUCUGCAACCGCCGGCAGACCCUCAAAAACACCAGUAAACUCAACGUCUUUCAGAUCCCCUAAAUCGGGGACGGGGACGGGGAUGGGGACGUUUCCCCCCCUCCCCGUUGCCCACCCCGACCUCCUGCCAUCAGCACUUUUGCCACCGACUUUGUCCCCCCGACCCCGCGGGGGUCUCCACCACCCCACCGUGCCCGUAGGUGUGUCCGUGUGUCCGUCUGGCCCCUUUUCCUCCGCAUCACACAUGACCUAAGCGUGUUCACGUCGGGUGUCAUGCCUGCCUGUAACGUGCGUGGUGACAGACCCCCUGCCUGCACGCGCCGCCUCUCCUUUUUCAUUUUUUGGCCGUUUUCUGUGUUUCCAAGGUAGCGUUGCGGCUCGCUAGGGGUGAGCCCCAAUUUAAUUUCAACCCCCCCUUUGAUUUCGGGGGUCCCCCACCUCCUGCCCGCUGGCUUCUCAGUGCGACGACCCCCCCACACACACGCCGUGGGUGGCGGUUGGGGACUUCACCAGGCUCGCCACCGUCCCGAGAGGGUUUUGGGGGGGUUGGGGUGAACCCCAUAAUGGAGGCAGCAGCCCCCCCCCCCUCCCCAGAGCCUGGGGGCCAGGUGGGUUUGGGGGCUCCAUCGCUCGUCCCCUCUCGCCCGGGGAGCGAUGGGAAG